AUGGGAGGGUUCUCUCAGUCGAGAUCAUUUCUCGGCGAUGCUAUAUCAAUAGCGUCAACACCUUUACGGAACAGUUUCGAAAUAAAUUGUCGAUCUCCUGUUACACCACGACGACCAUAUUCAAAUAACAAAGAUGGAGUCAAAGGAUUAUAUGUUGAUAUCGACCGGUCGAGAGGAAGCUCAACAUAUAGCGAAUCAAAAUUUCUUCAAACACCGCGGAGUCAUCUGUCAACGCCAAACGGUCAGAGAAACAUAAAAUCCAAAGAAUCGGAUGAUGAGGAUGAACAAUUCGAUUCAUAUUCAGGUACCACUUUAGUAUCACCAGCCGAAUCAUCAACCUUUCUUCCACGAACUCCAUUAUACAGUAUAGAUUCAAGCACACCCGAAAUCGCCAAACUCGGUACCUUUUCCACCAUAAACAUAAUAGUCGGCAAAACCGUCGGAGUAGGAAUCUACUCAAUACCUAGUUCCAUUCUCCAAUCUGUGGGAAGCGUAGGAGCCAGUCUUACAUUAUGGGUCGUCGGAUCUCUUAUCUCCUUCUGCGGUCUUGCAGUAUAUCUCGACUUGGGGACUGCGCUACCCCGAUCCGGUGGUGAACGCAUAUAUCUCGAGAGGAUAUUUAGACAACCGAAAAUGUUGGCCACGUGUGCGUUCAUGAGUUACGUUGUUCUUCUCGGAUUUUCAACGCCCAAUUGUAUUGUUUUGGGAGAAUAUAUAAUGUAUGCCCUUGAAAUUGAUGCCAAUAGAUGGAAUGUUCGUAGUAUUGCAGUAGCAGUUAUUACACUAAUAUGUUUCAUCCACGCUCGCUACCAACGAACCGGUCUCCGCAUAAUCAACAUUCUGGGCGUGGGAAAAAUGUUCUUCGUUCUCAUAGUAAUUCUCUCCGGACUCGCAGGCCUCCUGAUGCGCAUCGGAUCCUCCUCCUCUGUCAUUCCCCGGCGUCUCAAUCUCCUCUCUACAGAAUACAUCCCCGGAGCUCCGCAACACCUCUCUACCGCCCAACGCAACUUCUCCCACCUCUUCGCAAACUCUUCCACCCAACCCCACGACUAUGCCACCGCGCUCCUCAAAAUCCUCUACUGUUUCCGCGGCUACUCAACCGCAAAUCAAGUCCUCUCCUCCAUUCGAAAUCCCAUCCCCACUCUCCGCACCGCAGCACCUAUUGCGCUUUCCCUCGUCUCGGCUGCCUACAUCCUCGCCAACAUUGCAUAUUUCCUCGUUGUCGAACUUGACGAUUUUCGCUCCGCUGGAGUAGUAGUCGCGGGCCAUUUCUUCCGGAACAUUUUCGGGAAAGUGGUCGGUGAAAAUGUAUUACCUAUCGCAGUGGUAGUAUCGGCUUUUGGAAAUAUCGCCGCAACGAGUUUUGCGCAGGCGAGAGUUAAUCAGGAACUUGGGAGAGAUGGACUUCUACCUUUUUCUCAGUUUUUCUCGGGGAAAGAAGGGGAAGCGCCGAUCCCGGGAUUGUUUCUCCAUUGGUUUGUUAGUGUUUUGGUUAUUGUCGUGCCUCCGCCAGGAGAAAUAUAUAACUUUCUGGUGGAUAUCGGAGGAUAUCCUGUUUCGGUCAUUUCGGUUGCUAUCAGUGGUGGUUUGUUGUAUUUACAACUUACACCGUCGGAAAAUUACGUAUCGCCUUUUAAGGCAAAGAAGGUGUAUAUUGUGGUUUUUAUGCUGAGUAAUUGUUUGUUGUUGAUUUUACCGUGGAUUAAACCGGCAGAGGAGAAAGGAGAUGAAAGGUUUCCUUAUUAUGCGUAUCCGGUUACUGCAUUGGCAAUUUUGGGGAGCGGAGUGGUGUAUUGGGGAUAUUGGAGGUUGAGAGGGGAAUGGAUGAGGGGGAGUGAUGGCGGGUAUAGAGAGAAUUUGUUGGGGGAUCGAGGAUAUGCGGAGAUAGGGAGAGUGGGGGGAAGGGACUGGGGAAAGAUGAUUGGAUGGAAGGAAAGAAGAAUGAUGAUGAGACGAAGGGCUUGA